AAUCGAGCUCCAGAAUAUUUACUUUGAUCUCUCAGUGUACCUUUAUUUUUAAGUGUUACCUGCAAAAAUGGGUACUUUUUACACUUUAAAGAGUAUGCCGAGUUCACAGUGUAUCCCGCCCAUGUCAAAUAAUUUUUAUUUUCGCUUUUACUUCAGUGUUCAAAACUUUUCGAUCCUUCUUUGUGUUACCGCGCUUUAUUGUGAACGGAUCGGCGCUCGCUCCGCUCCGUCGAUUGCAGUGUCGGAAAAAAGAAAAAAAAGUGCUGCAAAUAAAGUGCUGUUAAAGCACCAACGAAGAAUUAAAACGAGUCUAAUGAUUAAAGUGUCGUAGUGAAAAAAUUAAUGACCUAAAGCGAAGUUGAUCCGCUCUACAAAAUGGAGGCGAAAUCCCGAAUGAGCCAUCGCCGACCAAGCACCCGGGCCCACCCUAACCUCCAAACCUCCCAGGAAAAUCUUACCAAUCGACAGAAAAGAGCACAACAAUGGCGAGAGAAGAAGGCCCAAAAAAAGGCUGCUUCGUCGUCGUCCACUCUUCCGGAAUCGACAAAAACACCCGCUGAUCACCGCGAAUCUGAAGAAAUAACACCGAUCGCCACUGACAACAUCACAAUGAUGACCCACUCCGAUGGUACAAAAUCGCCGUCCGCUGAUCAUCAUCCGAAUCCUUCAACUGGAUUGAUGAGCCACUCCGCUGAACAAUUUAUUACGAUUGCUUCGGCUGCCACUGAAAACUACACGAUGAUGAGCCGCCCUGAAGAAAACAAUAUUCCAUCUGCUGAUCACCCUCCGAUCGCUUCGAAGGCCGCUGCCGCUGGCAAUUCCACAGUGAUGAGCCGCCCCGAAGAAAACAAUAUUUCGUCUGCUGAUCACUCUCCGAUCGCUUCGAAGGCCGCUGUCGCUGGCGACUCCACAGUGAUGAGCCGCCCCGAAGAAAACAAUAUUUCGGCUGCUGAUUACCCUCCGAUCGCUUCGAAGGCCGCUGCCGCUGGCGACUCAACAGUAAUGAGCCGCCCCGAAGAAAACAAUGUAUCGUCUGCUGAUCACCCUCCGAUCGCUUCAAAGGCCGCUGCCGCUGGCAACUCCACAGUGAUGAGCCGCCCCGAAGAAAACAAUAUUUCGGCUGCUGAUUACCCUCCGAUCGCUUCGAAGGCCGCUGCCGCUGGCGACUCAACAGUAAUGAGCCGCCCCGAAGAAAACAAUGUAUCGUCUGCUGAUCACACUCCGAUCGCUUCAAAGGCCGCUGCCGCUGGCAACUCCACAGUGAUGAGCCGCCCCGAAGAAAACAAUAUUUCGGCUGCUGAUUACCCUCCGAUCGCUUCGAAGGCCGCUGCCGCUGGCGACUCAACAGUAAUGAGCCGCCCCGAAGAAAACAAUAUUCCAUCUGCUGAUCACCCUCCGAUCGCUUCGAAGGCCGCUGUCGCUGACAACUCCACAAUGAUGACCCGCAUCGCAGAAAAGAAAAUUCCUUCCGCGGCCGAUGUUGAACAAAUGCUGAUCUCUCCCGCUGAGAAAAUCACUCCAACCGUUUCGAUCGCCGCUCACUACUCCACGAUGCCGAUCCGCCGUUAUGAAAAAAAUAUCUGUGGCUACCCGUUUGCUAAUCACCCUCCGAGCACUUCCAAGGCCGCUGCUGCUAACUUUGACAAGAUGAUGACCCACCCCGUUGAACAAAAUAAUGCUUCCUCUGAUCACCCUUCGACUGAUUCUACUGCCGAAAUUCAACAAAUGCUGAUCUGCCCCGCUGAAGAAAUCACUCCAACCGCUUCGGUUGCCGCUAACUGCUCCACGAUGCCGACCCGCAGCGAUGGGAAAAAUAUCUGUGGCAUCCCGUCUGCUGAUCACCUUCCGAGCACUUCCAAGGCCGCUGUCGCUGACUUCAAAAAGAUGAUGGCUAGCUCCGCUGAACAAAAUGCUUCCGCUGAUCACCCUCCGAUCGCUUCGACUUCCGACAUCCAAGUACCAGAUAAUUUGGUCCCAGAGGUUAUCAUAAAAGGCCGUGAUGCUUGGCAAGUGUUAUGUUCUCUGCGAGCUGAUGAAAUAAACGCCUACAUAAAAAACUUGGAAUUCGGUUUUAGAUUUAAAACCGAGAACAUCCCAAACAAAGGAAAGAUGCGCUAUUACGAAUGUAGCAGAAUUAAGGCCAGGUGCAAACCGCAAUGCGCACGGAAAGUACUGGUAUUCAUACCGAAUAACCAGCACGAUGUCGUUGUCAGCGCUAGAGGCAGUCACUCCUGCUCAAACGCCCCUACUGACCAUCUUGCGCGGACCCCAUUGGCAGCAGAUGAUCAGCACUUCAUUGAGGCAAUGCUAAAAGCUGGCCACCCAACGAGGGAUGUCAAAGCAGGAGUUAAAGCAAGGAACCCCAAAAUUUCGAACAAUCAGCUGGGAUACGCUGUUAAAAUCACGAAAGUGAACAUGUUUGGCAAUGGAGAGCUAUCUCUCGGUAAGUUUCAGUCUUCUCUUACGUUCUUUUCUUACAAAACACAACACACACGUUGGAGUCAGAAAUCGAAGUAACAAUUCACUUUUGAAAUGAAGUGACUCUCCAUUUCAGUUACACGUGUGUUCAUUCUGCGAAUGGAGUGACGUGAGAAAAGUCGGAGUCGUAUUUCGAGAUGAGGAAUCCACUCUCGAAUGAAGUGACUCGCCGUGUAAAUCAAAUGGA